AUGUCGCAGAUAAGCCAAGCUGCAUAUUGAUUGCAGAUUUGCAGUAAAGGCAUAGCUAGCCUGAUAACAAUUUUCAUUUACAUGCCGAUUGCCGAUGUCAUUCUGAUAUCAUUGCGACUUUUUUGUUUGAACUUUGACGGUUCUUGGAUCACUUUCAACAACUUCAGCUUCCCAAUAUUUACUCGCAUAUUUUGAUGUUUUAACAUCUAUCUGCAUGAAAGUGAAGGCGUGCAGCACAGUACGCUCCAUCAUCCGAAAAAUCAUGGCCACCAGUUGUACGGAAAAGAUGUGUGGGUUUGCCAGGAAAGCGAAGAACCAUCUGAAGAUCAACAAAUACCUUCUCACUACGAAAGCUUUGGUGUUUUUCUACUGGGGAGGGAAUUUCGCGCUGAGCAAUUACAUGACACUGCACAUGGACUCCAUUGGACUGACGCUGGCACAAAUCACGACGAUCAAUUCCGUCUUGGCGUGGACGAGUCUGUUUGGCGGACCACUGAUUGGUGCACUGGCUGAUCGUACUGGACGCUACAAGCAGACACUAGCGACGUGUCUGACCAUUGCCAUCGUUCUCCACAUUCUGUUACUGCUGGCCGUUCCGCGUUAUUCCGAGAUAACGCUCUACGAGAAGCCCAAUUUUGUGAUGCAGAAUUCGUCGAUUUUAUGGGCAGAGGUCUGUGGUGGUGGGAGAAACGUCUCCUUGUGGAAUGCCACAAUGUGUGUGAUUGUCGGCAACGAGACCAGUCCACUCAUCGAACAGUUUCACAGUUGUUGGCGACAGUGCACCGAGCAAGCGGUUCAUGAUAUCCCAUCGCGGUCCGAUGAACUGUUCUGCUCCCUUUUAAACCAAAGCUCCUCAUGUUCCGACACCUGUCUUUCCUCCGAGAAUUUCACUGUCUGUCGGCCGUACACCAUGCAGACCGGCGACCGGACGCUGACCUUUGCUCUGUACUUCGCCAUCCGUCUGCUGACCGGUUUCGUGAUGAACGUGUGUUUCUGCAUGGUGGACACCACGAUGAUCCAGAUGACCGUCGACCACAAGGGUGAUCUAGGCUUCACCCGCAUGUACAUCCAGGUGGCCAUGAUGUCGCUGCCACCCGUGUCCGGUCUGCUGAUCGAUCAUCUCAGCCAGCAGAACGGAUAUAACGACUUCUCCGUGGCGUUCUAUAUUUUCGGCGGAAUGCAAGUGAUGGCGCUGGUAAUCUUACUGUUCAGUCGCAUAAAGGUCAAAGCGCCUCAGCGGCAAGUAUGGAAGGGUCUCGGCACGCUGGUGUUGCAGCGUGAUCCCAAAAUUAUUGGAUUUCUGUUGGUGAUUUUCUUUAUUGGCAUGUGCAUCGGCUACAUGGAAGGGUUUUUGUUUCUGUUCUUGGACAAGGAACUCCACGCUCCAAAGUGGCUGCUCGGUCUGACUAACACCGUAGCCGGUGUGUCGGCGAUUCCCUUUGUGGCGUUUGCGUCAGUGUUUGUGCGGUAUUUCGGACACCGGAAUAUUUUGUCCUUAGCGACGGUUACAUACGGUUUUCGCUUCCUGGGAUACUCGUUGACCACAGAUCCAUACUGGGUGCUGCCGAUCGAAGCACUGGAGUGCUUUUCCAAUGCGCUGAUGUGGACAGUCGUCCAGAUGUACAUGGCAGUGUUGGCGCACGAUUACUUAGCGACCUUUCAAGGAUUAGCCAGUGGCAUUCAUUCUGGAUUAGGAAUUGGUCUGGGGAAUAUGCUAAGCGGUUUGCUGAUUGGACACUACGGCACGCGUUUCUCCUUCCAAGUCUUCUCUGGGGCAUGUUUCGGUGUGGGACUGCUGUACUUCCUAGCCACGUGUUUCUCCCGUCGCCGAGCUGGUCGUUCUGAACUCCCUCCGGACAGCCCGUCGGAGAAAAGUCUGGUUCAGGCCCGUGAUCUCUCUGAUUAAGUGAUCCUUCCUGUGUUUGCUAUAGGUAGUCGGUAUAUGUACUGGUUUCAGCAAAAAGCGGUGCUUAUGAUUGCUUCUUUGAUGUAGAUUUAGAGGCACAUUUUUGUAUGGCUUUGAUGUUUCUUAUGUUCGGGAUAGGAUUAGUACCGUUGGUACAUUCGACGAGACAGUGAGGUAUCUGUAACGGGCACGUUUUCUGAUCAGGAUAGCACAGAGUCUUUUUUGUUGUGAAUCUUCUUUGGUUGCUCACACAGCAAUGAUUUUUAUGGUUUUAACUUGAAUUAGCAUGUAUCGGGCGACGACGGGCAAUAAGUUUAAUUCUCGGUCUUUGUGAAUUAUCAAUAAAACGGAGACA